CGAAGGAGGAGGAGGCGGUGGCCGCCCUCUCCCUUCGGGCAACGCAUGCGCUCCGCCGAUCCCGGGGCUUUACCAGCGUCGCCACCGCCGUGGCCGGAGUUCCCCGGGCCGGGGCGGUGCCCGAGGGGGCUCCGCUCCCCCUGAGCCCCGUGGCCGGGCGCCCCAUAUAGGCUGGGGCGCGCAGCCCGGCCGCCUGCUGCGAGGGGCCCGAGCGGAGGCUGUGAGUGAGGGGCUGCGGGCUCGGGGGUGCGGGACGCGGCCUGCUGCGGGGCUGGUGGGGAGCUGGGGAGCCGCCUCGUGGAGCGGGGAGGAUGGGGACAGGGACGGGGAUAGGGGCAGGGGGGAAAGGAGAGGUCCCGAGGGGGCUCCGGGGCUGUGUGGCAGCUCCCCCCUGCUGCGUGUCACCGCUCGGCGCCGGCAGCGCCUGAGCCAGCUCGCUUUCCCCUUGUGUGGUGUUGGGCUCGUUAAAUAUUGCUUAUUUGGGCUUAAUUAACUUAUCGGUGUCGCUGCGGGGUAACCGGGGGGACACAUGAGGUUUGGUGGCCGGGAGGUUGUGGGCAUCGAGGCUAUGUAGGGAUAUAACGCACGGUAAUACUAGAGGAGUGUUAUCAGGUAACAGCCCGAGCAGUCAGUGAUUCCUAGGGAUACAUCAUCGUGCUGUGAUAUAACUCGCUUAUUUUGGCUUUUCCCAGUCGGGAGACUUUUUGGACUAGCGUUGUGCACAGACCUUGACGUCUCAGUCCCAGCUGCACGUGGCCUUUGUGCCAUUGUUAAUCACUUCCUUGGGAUUAGGAAAUUAGUGGGGGCACUAAUAGGGUGGAUGACCGUGGUAAGAGCUAGAAAAUGCAGUUUUCCUGUAGGGGACUUUUCUAAGGCUGUGUCAUUGUGACAAAUACAUCCAUUUUGAGUCUUUCCUGGAAGAACUUGCAACAAAUUGAUACUGCAGAACAGGUUUUGUUCCACCCAAAGGAGUUCAUUGAGGCUAUAGACAUCUACAGUUUCUUCUUGUGAACAGUCAUUAUCAAAUAUGGAGACGUAGGCACCUUAGAAGGGACUUCAGUCUGAACUCUGGGAGGUAGUUCUGUGCACAAUAAAGAAACUAAAGCUUUAUUUUUUUCCUUUGUUUGAGGUUUGUUUGUUUUAUAAAUAUGGCAUACAGCAAAAACUUAAUUUAUUGGUAUAAAGCAUUAGAAUGUCCUGACACAAAGCAAUUUAUUUAUGUUAAAUGCGAUAAGUGCAUACUUGUAACUAAGGCACCAGGUUAAAACUGAAAUGCUCUGUUCAGCCUGUGCUGACAGUGUUACAGACAGAAAAGCCUGGGGCUCAUUAAGGCAGUAUGUUCUUGUCAGAGGCAAUGCAUAGGAUUUAUGCAUCUCAUAGCUGAAUAUUUGAUACACUUGAAGUUGAGUAGAAACUGACUUAAGUCUUAACAAUCGCUACAACAAUAUGCAGAUGUUGAGGGUGUUUUUGUCAGUUCAGUAGUAGCAGAUACACCAGAUCAAUCGAGUAAUGUCAGUUCAGGGGCUCUUCUGAGCUUAAGAAGCUGUUACUUUCAGUUUCAUAAUGAGAGUUAAAAACUAAAAGUUUGCAUGUGUAUAGUUGUCUAGGGUGCAGUAGAUCCUAAACCACUUGACAUCAUUUUAAACUGUAACAUACUAUUUCAUUUUAUUUGAAGCUUCUCCCUCUCCCCCCCAGUUUUAGUUUCUUUAUUGACAAAGGAUUUUGAUAAACCCAUCUGAGGUUUUGCCCUCUGGACCCAGCCUCUACUAGCCUGACUAGUUGGCGCUGCUCUCCCAGAUACAAAGCACAAGGAAAGCAUGUGAUGUAUGUGUAGUUCAAGGGACAGUCCUUGUCCUUUUAAACAUGCUUUCUUUAAUUGUUGAUGGGAUAGAUCAGCUUUUGUGCAAAAGCAGUUGUGUAGACACAAGUACAAGAACUCAGCAAAUGUUUGAAGUCUGUUAAUCAUGUGGCUAAUUCUAUUCGUACCUGUAUUGAAAGUUGCACAUAAAUAUUUCAUUUUCAGGUUCUUACUUUUGCACAGGCAGGGGUUAUUCAGAAUUGCCUUUAAUGCACACAGCUACCUCCCAGAGGAAGACUUGUCCCAUUUUUCCAACAAUACUCCAUUAUGAACAUAAUGGAAAAUAGCCCUCUCUUGGCUAGCAUGAUGAAGCAGAGCGCUCUGUGUGGUGAACUGAAAUACGAUGUAUCCUGUGAACUCUACAGAAUGUCAACGUUUUCUACUUUCCCUGUCAAUGUGCCAGUGUCAGAACGGAGUCUUGCUCGGGCUGGGUUUUAUUACACUGGUGUGCAAGAUAAAGUUAAAUGCUUCAGUUGUGGCUUGGUGUUGGACAACUGGCAACCAGGAGAUAAUGCUAUGGAAAAGCACAAACAGCUGUAUCCUAGCUGCAGUUUUGUUCAGGACAUGAUUUCAGUGAACAACCUCGGGCUGUCCUCUCAUUCUGCCUUUUCACCUCUGGUCACAAGCGGUCUAUCAUCAUCUCUACAUUCCAUGACGCUUUCUCCAAGCUUUGAACAAGUUGGCUAUUUCAGUGGCUCUUUUUCCAGUUUUCCUCAAGACCCAGUAACUACUAGGGCUGUUGAAGACCUCUCACACUUAAGACCUAAGCCUCACAAUCCUUCAAUGAGUACUGAAGAGGCUAGACUACGCACUUUUCAUGCAUGGCCCCUGAUGUUUCUCUCGCCCACUGAUCUGGCAAAGGCUGGACUUUACUACCUGGGGACAGGAGACAAAGUUGCUUGUUUCUCCUGUGGUGGUCAGUUGAGUAACUGGGAACCAAAAGAUAAUGCCUUGUCAGAGCAUCGGAGACACUUUCCUAACUGUCCUUUUGUGGAAAAUCUCACCCGAGACCAAACAAGUUUCAAUGUUUCAAAUGUGAGCAUGCAGACUCAUGAAGCACGUGUUAAAACAUUCAUAAAUUGGCCAACUAGGAUUACAGUUCAACCUGAACAGCUUGCAGAUGCUGGCUUUUACUAUGUAGGCCGCAACGAUGAUGUGAAGUGUUUCUGCUGUGAUGGUGGGUUAAGGUGCUGGGAAUCUGGAGAUGAUCCAUGGAUUGAGCAUGCAAAAUGGUUUCCAAGGUGUGAGUAUCUGCUUCGUGUAAAAGGAGGAGAGUUUGUAAGUCAGAUUCAGGCCAGGUUUCCCCAUCUGCUUGAACAGCUCUUGUCAACUUCUGAUACACCUGUAGAUGAAAACAUGGAUCCUCCAAUCAUUCGUUUUGAACCUGGAGAGAAUCAUUCAGAAGAUGCAAUCAUGAUGAACACACCUGUAGUUAAAGCUGCCUUGGAGAUGGGAUUCAGCAGACGGCUAAUAAAGCAAACAGUGCAAAGUAAAAUCUUGGCCACUGAAGAAAACUACAAGACUGUUAAUGAUCUUGUGUCCGAUUUGCUCACUGCUGAAGAUGAGAAGAGGGAAGAAGAGAAAGAGAGACAGUUUGAAGAAGUGGCGUCAGAUGAUUUGACCUUAAUCCGGAAGAACCGAAUGGCUUUAUUCCAGCGUUUAACAUGUGUACUUCCAAUCCUUGGGAGUUUAUUGUCAGCUAAAGUGAUAACGGAACUUGAGCAUGACGUUAUUAAACAAAAGACUCAGACAGCAUUGCAAGCAAGGGAACUGAUAGACACAGUUCUAGUGAAAGGAAACGCAGCAGCCAGCAUAUUCAGAAACUGUCUACGAGAUUGUGACCCUGUACUCUACAAAGAUUUAUUUGUGGAGAAGAGCAUGAAGUAUGUUCCCACGGAAGAUGUGUCAGGUUUACCUAUGGAAGAACAACUGAGGAGACUGCAGGAAGAAAGAACGUGUAAAGUUUGCAUGGACAAAGAAGUUUCCAUUGUUUUUAUUCCAUGUGGUCACCUAGUAGUAUGCAAAGAAUGUGCACCAUCCCUCAGAAAAUGCCCUAUUUGCAGGGGAACGAUAAAGGGCACAGUUCGUACAUUUCUUUCAUAAGGAAGGAAACUUGCAAAAAGUCAUCUGCCAGGCACUGAAGCUUAAGCCAGCAAAGUCUUGAGAAUGGAAAAUUGUGUUAAAGAAGAUGAUUAAUCAGCUACCUAACACUGUUGUGUAAUGAAGUAUAUCAACAUUAUGAAUAUACUGGGUCUUCCUUGCCAAAGACAAUUUCUAUUUAUAAAACUAACUCACUACUAAGGUGAUGUUUCUGUAGCUUUCCUUUCUAAGGAAAGCAACUUGAUUAGUAUGCCCUUAUCUGUUUGAAUAAAAAAAAAAAAAAAGACCUUUCUUGUCAAGUUCCUAAAAUGGAGCUUGGCGUAGCUCUUGUCAUGGGUUUCUUUCAUCUGGAUGUGGGGUGAGCUAACCUUGGCUGCUUGCCAGGUGCCCAACAGGCUGCACUUUCACUUAUCCUCAGCAACAUGAGGCAAGAAAAUACGGAAAAGCCUGUUGAAUCAAGAUAAAGUCAGGGACAUUGCUCAAAAAUCACUGUCAUGGGUGAAACAGACUUGACAGGGAGCAAGACUAAAUUAAUUUAUUGCCUAUUAAUAAGAGUAGGACAGUGAGAACUCAAAAAAAAAAAAUACCUGCCUCGUCUUCCCAGGUUCAGCUUUACUUCUAACUCUUCUACCUCUUUCCUGCCGUUAGUGGGAGUGGGGGUUGCAGUCAGUUUGUACCACUUGUCUCUGCUGCUCCUGCCUACUUAUGCUUCUCACCUGCUCCAGCAUGGGUCGUUCCCGUGGCCUCCAGUUCUUCAAGAACUGUUCCAGCACAGGCCUGUACUGCAUUUCCUGGCAGAAGACUCGCUCCAGUGCGUGUUCCUUUCUAGGGUGACAGCUCCUGGUGGGAGCCUUCCUCAGUGGGUGUUCCAUGGGCUGCAGCCUCCUUCAGGGUGCAUUCACCUGCUGUGGCGUGGUGUCUGCCACAAGCUGUAGGAAGGAUGGCUGCUCUGAUGUGGUCUUCCACGGGCUGCAGGAGGACAGCCUGCUCCACCAUGGUCGAUUCAACAGGCUGCAGGGCAACCUCUGCUCUGGUACCUGGAGCUCCUCCUCCCUUUCACUCCCUGACCUUGGUGGGCUGUUUAGUUCAUUUUCUCGCUUGUCUCUCACUUAGGUGCUGUUGUGCAGUUUUUUCCCUUUAAUAUGCCAUCAGAGGUGCAACCAGGGUUGCUCACUGGCUCAGUUUUGGCCAGCAGUGAGUCCAUUCUGGAACUGGCUAGAACUGUCCCUGAUCUCACAGAGGCCACCCCUGCAAGCCACCAAGAUCCUUGCCUUGUAAACUGAGUACAGGAUGUGAGGAAAUAGUUAAGAUGGCUGUUUAUUAACAGUAAACUUCAGCUACUGUUACAGUUCUGUUUUGGCUUUCUUGUGGACAGGGUGGAGAAAAGAGGCUAACUGUUGCAGGAACAGUGAGACUUUUAAAUGUUGUGUUGAGAUAUUUGUGUAAUGUGUAUUGAUAAUAGUUUAUAUGAAGGCUGAAUUAAAAUAUUUCUACUUAGCAAAUGAGUGCUUGUUCAUUCUAUUCUGUUUGUUGGUUAUUCUCUGCAGGCUGCAGUGACUAAACUCUUCCUGUUAGAAGUGGUGGUAUUUUUUUUUCCUGUGCUCUUUGGAAACAGAAACAGCAUCUGGUACUUCCUUCUGUCUUGAUUUUUUCAAAGAAUAGAACUCCUGGCCAGAUCUCAGGAUCUUAGAGAUGAAAUGAUGAAAUGGAGGGUAGCUAUGCAGCCAUGUAACCUUUACGCUGAGGAUUAAAAUGUAAAAGCUACUUUUCUGUAUUUGGAAGUUUACAUUGAUUGUGCAAUUAAAUAGUAGGAUCUUCCAA